UUUACAGCUAGAGAGAGAACCUGUGUGAGAGAGGGCAAAUGGACCAUUCAGUCUCUGACCUCAGGAGGCUGAGAGAGACUCUCUUGAUUUAAGGGAAAUCCCUCCUCCCAAUUGCGAGUGGUGACUCCCUUCCUACUGCAGCUUAGAGGCCCUGCUUCUGGUUGCUCAGUGCCUGAUACAGAAGUGGACCCUGAAAGUCCGUCAGAGCCAGAGGAAGGAGCUCUAAAGAUGUCUUCCUUUGGCUGAGAAAGGAGCAAGAAAGCCCAGCCAUUGGGGAGAAUUGCUCGUGACUCACUGAUCAUCCUAUACUUAAUAUUUUGAUGAACCACAUAAUAUAUCACAAAAGAGUGCUGAACUUUGGAGUUACCAGAUCGGAGUUUGAUCACCACCUGUGUUGCUGACGACCUAGGUGACCUUGGAGUUCUGGGACCAGUAGCUUGCUCUGUGGCAGUGGCUGGAGGAAUUCCAGCAACCUGAUGUGCAUGCCAUAGCUCGCCACCUUUCCCCACAAGGAGCUGCAAUAACUCAGAGGUUUCUGAAGCCAGGAAAGGGCUUCUGAGGAGGCAGACGCCUGAAGCAGCGUAAAUAGCAGCAGCAGCAGCAGCAGCAGCACUCGACCCCAGGCGAAAAGGAAAACAGCAACUGAGUGAACCUGCCUUCCCCACUGAUUGGAGCAACAGAGGGACAGCUCCAGUUCCUGCUCCCGCAGCUCAGCACAUCCUUGCCAACUGUCUAAAGGGAGAGCUGUGAACAGACCUGUGUGUGGAAUACCAACUAUACGGCCACGGAAGUAUGAGAAUGGCAAUGGAACCAGGAAACAGCAAACAAUGCAGAUGGAAAAGUCGUCUUCAUUCAACUUUUCUUGCAGAGUCAAAAGCAGCUGGCAAGCCAAAGGGGCCUCUAAAAAUAGCCAAGGUCCUUAAAAAGAAAUGACGUGAAAUAAAGAAGCAAUUUCUACACUUCCUUUACAGAGGCUCUGCAAAAGCGAUCCCUCAGAAAGGCUUAGGUCUCUGGGCAGUCUCGAAGGGGCCUGUAAAAGCCACACAACUGAGGCAUGGCCGAAGGGGAGAUCACAACCUUCACAGCCCUGACCGAAAGAUUUAACCUGCCACUGGGUAAUUACAAGAAGCCCAAGCUUCUCUACUGUAGCAACGGGGGCCACUUUUUGAGGAUCCUUCCUGAUGGCAAAGUGGAUGGGACAAGGGACAGAAAUGAUCAGCACAUUCAACUGCAACUAAGCGCGGAAAGCGUGGGUGAGGUGUAUAUAAAGAGCACUGAGUCUGGCCAGUAUUUGGCUAUGGACACCGAUGGACUUUUAUACGGCUCACAGACACCCAGUGAAGAAUGCUUGUUCCUGGAGAGGUUGGAGGAGAAUCAUUACAACACCUACAUAUCAAAAAAGCAUGCAGAGAAAAAUUGGUUUGUUGGCCUCAAGAAGAAUGGAAGCUGCAAAAGAGGUCCCAGGACUCACUAUGGCCAGAAAGCCAUCCUGUUCCUUCCCCUCCCUGUGUCCUCUGAGUAAGGAAAUCUGAACCAGGUGUUGGCCACUCCAGAACAAUCCCAGGAGUCUCAAACACUUCCUUCCCUCUCUUCUGGAUCCCUAAAUGUCCCUUUGCCUAUUGGGUAGCCUGACCCUGAGAUCAACAGCCAUCUCUAUUUGCAAGCUAUGUGCUUUUAAAUUCCUAGUCCCUCUUAUGCAAAGCUGUUUGCACUAGUAAAGCUCAGCACAAAUGGACCAAAAUGCUGCUAGGGCCAACAGGCCAGGCUAUCCCAGGCUGUGUUUUGAUUUUCCGUUGUUAUGUGGAUCUCAGCAGCAGGACAGGCCUCUCAAAUGCAAAGGUGCAUGUGUGGGGCCAAAUGAAGUGUGUUAAGGGACAUGCCAAAUGAGUCAUUAGUAACUGCAUACAAUUCCUCUCUGAGGGAGCAAACCCCAUCUGCUCUUUUCCCCAAACACCUGGCUCAAAGCCCUCUUCCUUUUAACACCCCACAAAUAUUAGCCGAGUAACUUAUUACAAGAUUGGGGCGGGGGAGGGCCACCCACAGAAAACGCGAUCAGGGAUGUGGAACCAAGUAGAUAUGAAUGGCUGCAAAUGGGAAAGGCCGGACAAGACCCUGAAAGGAAGAGAAUCUUAAGGUAGAAAGAACAAAGGAAGAGAAGGAGGAGGAGAAUUAACUGAUAGAAAUCCUUAUGCUUCUUCACCCUUCCAAGGUUUUAAGAAGAAUGUUGCUGGGAACAGUAGACACCAGUGAAGGAUUUUAGGAUGGGUACAAGAUAAGGAUGAUUUGAAAAAGCAGGAAAAACAAGAGUUGAUCAGUUAAGUGGCAGAUUGUACCAAAGGGCAAAUAUAUUGUCUGGUGACCUUCAAAUAGAAGGAGUUUAGAAAAUAGAAGGAAGGAGAAAUUAACUCUAUAAAUAGUGGAGCCUUUUACCCUUUAUGAGCAGAGGUCAUAGCUGGAGAAGACUUUAGAGGUCAUUUAGUCCAACUUCCUAAGCAAACUGAGGCCUAAAUCAGUUAAGUGAGUUGCCAAAGGUCACAUAGCUAUUAUAGGAGGAGAGGCAAGAUUUGACUCUUGGUUCCUGAUUCCAAACUCAAUGUUGCUUCCACUAUGUAUAGUUUGUAGGCCUUAGUAAAUAGAGAUGUUGGGAGUCCUAAGAGACUAUGAAGGAGCAGAAGAGAGCUAAGGAGCUACAGAAUAACUCUAAGUUCUGAAAUUCCAAUGAAACUUUGCAAAGAGACCCUCUCCCUUUCAAUUAGUCAUCCUUAAAAUGCCCUGCUCAUGCACCUUGAGGGUACUCCUGCUUUCAGCAGGCCCCCAAACACUCCAAGGAACUGCUUGCAGCUUUCUUAUGCCUGUAUUUAAAAAGUCAAAGCAAGUAACAAAACAGAAUUAUAGCAUAGGACAUAGAGUACCAACCUCCAGGGAUGGGUCAUUCUUCUUUCACGGAGCAGUCCAGAAGACUGUCCAUCCCUAGUUUGGCCCCUCCCAGGAUGUCAUUGCCAUGGCAACCCACUCCCAGGGUCAUUCCCUCCUCUACUAUGCCUUACCACUCUGCCCCUCCUCUGCUGCCCCCCCCCACCCGUACAUCAUGCUGUAGAAGUACUCUAAAAUCUCUGAGGGACAGACUGCUCUCCCUCUUUGCAUGACUGCACUGACAAGGGCAGACUCUUGCUGUCACCCCUGCCUCAUCCACCACCAACUCAGCAAAUUUGCCCCAGUUUCAAAGAUGUAACUAGGAAUUCCAGCACCUGGGGAAAGUAAAGUAUGUGGAUGUAUGGAUAGAAGGCAGUGUACACUACCAGUAUUAUUUUUCCUGGUUGUCCCUAGGACCAACACAUUCUGGUUAGAGUUAUAUUGGUUUAACAGUGCAUGGCCUAGAGUGACAAGACAACUAGGGUGGGAUUAGUCAAGGCAGUGAAGAAAUAGGGAUGGGAAUUAUACCCAAGAGCAAAAGUCUGGUGGAUAUCUGUUGCAAAUAAGAAGAAUGCCUCCCUCCUGAAAUAAUGGUAUCCUAGUCACCCCAUGCUAAUUACAGUUGUGCCAAGCACAAAAAUUCCUAGUUCCUGCUCUAGAAAAAAAUAUUUACUUUAAAUGUUCCACUAAUGGUGAAAUAAAUGCCUUUUGAACAGUAUCUCGAGGUCUAUCAAAGGCACAUUUCACAAAUAGUACAACUCUAAUUACUAUCUUACCAAAGGAAAAGUAGUAUUUCAAUUAUUAUUAAUAUGUUUCUUGCUUGAAGUAAACCCAAACCAUAUGGCUAGAGAGCUUGUAGAAAUAUAACUCAUCUCUGACUUACGAUACCGGUAUCUUGUUAAUAGCUUUCCUAUUCCAUAUUAUUUAUUGAGAGCAUAUGUUUUCAUCAUAUAGUUAAACCAUCUAGAGACCACCUGCAGUUAAACCUCAUUAAUAUUCACUCAUUAAGGAUGAUGGCUGUAUCAUAUGAUAGUCAAUUCUCUAUAGCUCAUAUUACAUUUACUCACAAAAGAAGAUAUCUCUUUUUCUUCUUUGUCUUUGGUGUCCUGUUGUGCUGCUAUGAAUUCUCCAUCAGAGAAGUGUCUUGUCUAAGACAGAGGAGACAACCCCAUAACUCUGAGCAAGGUCUCAUGGACCUUGAAAGUCUGAUUGAAACUUCCAUCACAGGAGAGAGCUGAGCCAAUGUGAAGUGAGAAAACACCUUAGCAACAGAACUGUUACAUUGAGAUUGGAAGGAAAAGUUACAGCUCCCAGAAAAGGUAUUUCAAGUCACAGUGCUGCUGAAUAAUUCAAAUAAAGUGGCUAAGCCUGUAAUUAAUAAUGUUACUCUACACUCCUUUCCCUUCUGUGAUCUCUUUUCACAUCGAUUAUUUCCUUUGAUCCUAUUAACAAACCCUAUGAAGGAGCUGGGAUAGUGCAAUUCUGGACAAAAUCUCUCUGCCAUUAUAUCUCGCUCAGAAUAAAAGUUAUCCAAAGAGGAAAUUCAAGGGAUUUCUAAUAGUCUGUAAUGAUCUAUUGUUGAGUUUAGUCCAAGAAACAUUAAAUGCUAUUGUUAACUGAUAGGAAAGAAGUUUGUUAUUUUAGAGGCAGACCCUCAUUGUCACAGAACCAUCAUGAUGCUUAUGUUAAUUCAGGAACUGUUUCUUUCUUGACUCUGUUCUGCACCAAGGCUAUAGCUAGAAGCUAGAGAAUCAUAGGAUUUUAAAGUUAGCAGUUAUCAGAGAGGCUAUCUGAUUCACCUCCCUCAUUUUACAGAUGAUGUAUUAAGGCCCGGAGGGGUCAAGGGUCACAAAGGAAGUAGCAAAACUGGAGGUUUGAACCCAGGGCCUCUGUUUCUAUGGCACCAUCCUGCCAGUACCUGAGACUCUGUUGCCCAGAAGCAGAGUUUUUCCAUAAAUUAAUUCAAUUUGCUUUCAUGACUAACAAAAACCUAUGGGGAAAUGGGGUCACAACAAUUUGGGACCUGUUUGCCAAGUCAUGUGACCUGGCUGGUUUGUGACUGGAAUGACUCAUCAUGCACUAACACCAAAGUUUGCCAUUAUGAGCUCUCCUAGGGCAUGAUGCUUGUUAUAUAAGAAACAUAUUGCAGAUCCAUUCCUUUCUGUUAUGUAAAAAUCAGUGGCCUGAUUCAUUCAUUUUACUUGGUUGACUGAGGAAAUGAAAUUGAGUACCAGAUGUCCUGUUCUCUAAAGAUCGAGCAACUUCCAUCAGUGAAAAAAACUCGCUAUCCCCUAAUAUAACAUCCCCUUAGAUCUUCAAAGGGUGUGUCAAAGUAUACCAUAGCAUCCAUGCCAACUGUGUAAAUGUGUCAGCAGUCCAGGAAGAUAAGCUUUCUAAUUCUGAAAGGAAAAUUAGCCAAAACCUAGUGGCUUUGUGCUUGGCUCCUUCCUUCCCUACUCCAUUUGGAACUUUCUCUGGUUUGUUAUUAAGGAGAGAUCCCCUCUCACUAUUUUUUAUUUCCCUUACAUGUAUCAUUCUCUCUGAUCUGUCUGUAAGUGUCCCUGUUCGUAAACCCAACUAAUGAUGUAUUGUUUGAUGCUCCUGUCCUACUUACUUGCAGGAGCCCUUGGGUUUCAAUUUUUUUGUGUGUGUGUUGUUACUUUUUCCCCCAGAAGUGGUAACAGAUGUGGCCCCUUUGGGACCAACAGUGAGCAUGUGCAAGAAAGGUGACCAGGGUUAGGGGUAUGGACUGGAGCUAAAGCCGAGGCUUUCCUUUGAAUGAUGGGAAACUAAUCAUCCCUAAUAAAGUAUGGAAGUCAGGACCUGGGCUUCACUAGCAGCCUAUCUGGUAUUCAGCUAAGGGGCUGCAGGUGAAACCUAGCCAUGGUCUUGUGUGGUUCUGCAUUUUGUAUGGUUCAGCAUCUUACCAAAGAUAAUAAAAGUUCAA